AUGGGAUGCAUUGCUUAAAAAACAAAAUAAAAAUCAAAAGAUCAAAUGAGAACGACUAAUCAAAAUAGUCAAUAUUAGAAUGCAUUAAAUUAAGAAAGCAAAAUAUUAGAAACUGAACAAAAGGCUGAUAGAGUUAAUAGUGAAAUAAACGUUCCUCAUUCUCCUUAAAUUGGAAGAAGGCUAAAACAUAUGGUAAGUAGUGAUGAAGUUUAAAAAUAUAUUACUAAAAAGCAGAGUAUCACUUAAAGUCCAUUCAAGUAUAUCAAGAAUUCCCCAGAAUAAAGGAGAAAGUUAUCUUUGAUAAACAACCCUUAAUAGUGA